AUGAGUAAGAAGAGGCUCGAUCAUAGUGCAUAUACGGUGAGUUGGGUUACCACCCUCCACCGCGAGUUGGUCGCUUCACGAUUAUUACUGGAUGAGGAGCAUGAAGAUCUCUUCACCAAUGCCCAAGAUCCAAACUCCUAUAUUCUUGGAGAGAUUGGUGUCCACAAUAUAGUUUCUGUCUUUCCUGGAGAAGGACAAUCUGGAGUAGUACCAGCUGCCCAUAUCGUCGCUCAUAUGGUCCACGCCUCUCCCAAUAUACAAUUUGGACUGUUGAUCGGAAUUGGCGUGGUUGCUCCCAGAACUCCAGACCUUGAGAAUUCAUACCACGAUAUACGACUCGGGACGUCGUUACUCUUGCUAGAAAAUAUACCAACAGACGAGGCAGGUGGAAUGGUGCACUAUGAUAAAGGACAUUUUGAAGAAAGUGGCUGUAAUGCCAACUCUCACGUAAAUAAGCCACCGGAUUUCCUACUCAAAAGAGCUUAUGAUAAGCUCUUUAAAGCUAGCACUUUUCAUAUUGGGAAGGACAAUUGCUCUAUGUGUGAUUCUCAAGCAUUGGAAAAACGUAUUGAUCGAGAUGAACCAACCGUUCAUUACGGGUUGAUGGCCUCCGGAAGCCAGGUCAUAGCAUCGGCAAAGCGUCGUGACGAACUACGGGACAAGAGAAAUAUCUUAUGUUUCGAAACGGAAGUAGCGGGGCUGAUAAAUUAUUUCCCCUGUAUUGCUAUUAUAGGUAUCUCUAACUAA